AUGGAUCCGAAGCUAACCGAGGUUUCUCAACUCUUCGAUCGCUUUAAGGCUUCCUUUCUCAGGAACGACUAUGACAACUGUUCCCAUCUCCUUUCCCAGCUAAAGGUGUUACUGACAGGGUUCAGAAGCCUUCCACCAUUGUUUGCAGAUACACCUAAUGCUGUUCAUGAGUUAACAAUAGCAAGGGAUAUAUACGAGCAUGCCGUUGUCCUUAGUGUGAAAAUUGAGGACCAAGAUGCUUUUGAGAGAGAUUUCUUCCAGUUGAAACCUUAUUAUACAGAUGCCUGCAAUCGUCUUCCACCUUCACCUCAGGAGUACCCAAUACUAGGUCUCAACCUCUUGAGACUACUUGUGCAGAAUAGGAUUGCUGAAUUCCAUACUGAGUUGGAAUUGCUUUCAUCCACUGCUCUAGAGAAUCCUUGCAUUAAGCAUGCUGUGGAGUUGGAACAAUCUUUUAUGGAAGGAGCAUAUAACCGUGUCUUGAGUGCUCGACAGACAGUGCCUCAUGAUACAUACGUUUAUUUCAUGGAUCUUUUGGCAAAGACUGUCAGAGAUGAAAUAGCAGGUUGCAGUGAGAAGGCAUAUGACUACCUUUCAAUUAAGGAUGCUAAGCAAAUGUUAUUGUUCUCCUCAGAUCAGGAACUCCUGGAAUAUAUUAAAGAGGAGCAUUCUGAGUGGGAGAUCAAGAAUGGGAGUGUCUUUUUCCAGAAGGCUAAGGAAUCUGCACCGUGCAAAGAGAUACCCUCUCUGCAGCUCAUCAACCAGACACUUAGUUAUGCUAGGGAGUUGGAGAGGAUUGUCUGA